AUUAAUCAAAACUUAGACCGUCAUUCACCUAAUCAAUAGGUUUUUUUUUUGUUUUUUUCACUCUAGUUUUCGGAUUCUAUAUUUAAUAGCUCUAACUUCACAAAAGCAAAAUUACUCUAGUUUAUUUUGAAUGAAAGUGAAGUGCUUUGAUGAUUUAUCUUUAGUUUAAGAUCUCAAUGACUAUGAAAUUUCUAGUUGAUUUUGUUUAAGAAGUUUAUUGUUUAUUGUUUUUUUUAUUGCUAUUGUAGUUGUUGUCAUUGUAUUUGUCUCUCCGAGUCUACGUACCUAAGACGUUAGGCCGUUCUUUACUGCAACUUAGUUUCUAUAUUUCUUUUUAAAAGUAAACAGUGGUCACUAUCCAGUUCAACGACGACUAUUUAUCACUCAAUGCGAGGUCUUCAGUAUUGGCCAUUUUAUCUUCAAAGUAACGUAUGUUCUUUUUCUUAUAACUUGGUAGGUUUUGAGAUGGAUUGGUGGAAGAAGAAGAAGUCUCGAGCCGUUACUAAGAAGCAGAGGUUGGUUCUAGGACGCGUUAGAGGAGAGAUAUUAUCAGAAGAGUUGAUCGAAUGUUGCGAUGGAAAAUCUAAUCCCAUCAAAUUAUUCUCUGCUGCUGACAUCACCAAAGCCACCAACAGUUUCUGUAUCUGUAGUCGUGUUUCUCAACUAUUUGGUUUCGAGAGAUGGUAUUCAGGUACGCUCCAUAACCAUCGCACCAUUCUCGCCAAGAAGUUAUGGCGCGCACAGUCCGUUUUCCCUAAAGAUUUUUACCCGGAGGCCCGCGAUAUAACGAUAUCAUCGAUGGUCAGUGGUCACAAGAAUUUCAUGAAACUUGCGGGAUGUUGUCUAGAGAUUGAAACUCCAUUCAUGGUUUAUUAUGGUUCAGAGAAACAAUACUCAACCAUAGACCUAAAGAUGGUAGUGUCGUGGGAGAAGAGGAUUAAAAUAGCAGAGGAUGUCGCAACUGCUUUAGCUUAUCUUCACACUGCGUUCCCAAGGCCCUUCGUCUAUAGUAAUAUGGAUCUUCGGAAUAUUGUACUGGACGAAAAUGGUGUUGCGAAGCUAAGCGACUUCUCUUAUUGCGUUUCUAUUCCAAAAGGACAAACAUUUGUCAAGCUUGAUUACGUAAGGGGAGCGUAUGAUUACAUCGAUGAUGAUUACAAGAUCAGUCACGUGGUGUCCGAGAAAACUGAUGCGUUCGGCUUUGGGAUUCUCAUGCAAAAGCUUCUUACAGGAGAGGAAAGAUUUCGUGAGAUCUGUGGCCGGAAGGAUCGGAAAACUUUAGUGAAAAGAAAGUUUUCAAGAUUGUUGUCCAAGCCCAUGGGGGAAGGACGAGUUGAUGAGAUCGUGGAUCCAAGGAUGUUAGAGAAAAUGGGCGAAGUUGAUGAAGAAGAGCGUUUCCAAAUGGAAGCUUUCCUUGUCCUCUCAGAAAGAUGCAUUGGUCUUAGAGGGGAAGUUCCUAAAAUGGUGGAAGUGGCCAAGCAACUAAAGAGGUUCUGUCAAAACUUCUUCUUCCGCUGAAACCCAAAUAAGAUUAGCCAAAGUCAGAGGUUAAACGCCAAAGUCAUUUCUAAUAUGUAUUCCCACCAGCUAUUAGAAGUUGAUUUUCAUUGAGUUAUUGUUCCCUAGUUCGUUUCCUUUUUACAUUAAAAAUCCAAGAAUGUGGUGAAACAAAAACAACUCUUCAUGCAGAAAAGUGUCUUUCGUUAUGCAAAAAAAGCAACUGGUUGGGUUGGAGCAUUUGUUACUCCAUAUUCAUUUGUUACUCCAUA